GCUGAUUUAGAACUGGGCUGGUCUGGCAAAAGUAGCAGGCAAAUGAACUUCCCCUAUAACCGGGCUGAGACGAGUCAGUGUGAAUCUCACACAGCAGGAGGAAGACAACGCAGACAUCGGAUGGUUUCUGCAUCAAACAAGGAGGUUUCCUCCUCACUUGGGUAGAAGAAAUCUGAGACAUAGUCCAGGUGCGGGGACUGUCUGGCCCUUGGGCUGCAUAAGGCCUGCGAAACCAUUUGGUCUAGUCCUGCCAAGGCUAUGCUCUUUUUGUCUUCUUGCUUGAUUGCACUGGCUUGAAUUUUCAGCACAACGUUGAAUGAAAGUGCUGUGACUGGCCAUCCUUGCCUUGGUUCCCAAUAUAAGCAUGGCACAACUGAAGCUUCCAGAAAAUACAGAAGAUUGGACAAAAGAAGAUGUAAACAAGUGGUUAGAAAGCCAUAAGAUUGACAAAAAACACAGGGAUACCUUGAUGGCACAAGAUGUGAAUGGAGCAGUCUUGAGGUUUUUAAAGAAAACACAUCUUGUUGACAUGGGCAUAACGCAUGGACCAGCUAUCCAAAUAGAAGAACUAUUCAAAGAAUUACAGAAAAAAGGCAAUAAAUAUGCUCAUAAGAAACAAGAAUUGGUGCAAAAGGAAAACAGAGAUACUUCAAAGCAAAACCAACAGAAAGCAGAGAGCACAGAUGGGGCUAAGGCCUCUGCCAUGAGCCCAGUUGAGAAGGAUUCUAAGUCACUAACAAAUGAGCUCAUGGAAGAGCAAAGAGGAGACACAAAAGAAACACCACCACCCAUAGAGCCAUCCUGCAGAACACAUCCUUUUAAUAGAUUUGAUGAAUUAUGGAGAUAUAAAUCCAAUUUUAUUCUCCAGCCUGAAACAGGACCACACAACCUCAUUGAUCCAAUACAUGAAUUCAAAGCCCUUACAAAUACAGAAAAGGCCACAGAAGAGGAUGUGAAGAUGAAAUUCAGCAAUGAAGUUUUUGAAUUUGCUUCAGCUUGUAUGAAUUCACGUACCAAUGGCACCAUUCAUUUUGGAGUUAAAGACAAACCCCACGGGCAAAUUGUUGGCGUGAAACUCGCCAAUAUUACCAAAAAUGCUCUCAUUGACCACUUUGACAGGAUGAUAGGUAAGUAUUUUGAAGAGCAUCAGGUUCAACAAGCAAAGACUUGCAUUCAAGGACCAAGAUUUGUAGAAGUUUUACUGCCGGAUGAUACUGUGUCUGACAGAUUUGUUAUCGAGGUAGAUGUCAUUCCACAUUACUCUGUAUGUGGACAGGACUAUUUCCGGAUUAAAAAGCAAAUUUGCAACAACAAAACAUGGAAACAGAGUUCAGAGUUCUCAGUCUUUGUGCGAGAUGGGGCCAGCAAUAAAAACAUGAUGAAAAAUAAAACAGACUUCAAAAUGUUUAAAUUAAAUUUAAAAACGCUAGCAGAGUCUAGGAAAGAGGCAGAAGACAAUCCCAUGGCUAAAACAAAUAAUAAUAAUAAUGAAGGACUGAGGUUGGUUGAACUGCUAACAGGAAAUCGGGAUUUGUUAGAUAAUUCCUACUAUGAUUGGUACAUUCUUGUAACAAACAAGUGUCAUCCGAGUCAAAUACAGUAUUUGGAUUUCCUGAGGGAACUUAAAUGGUUUGCUGUUUUGGAGUUUGAUCCUGAAUCUGAGAGCAACGGAGCAGUCAAAGCUUUCAAAGAAAACAGACUAGCAAAUCUUCACUUUCCAAGUCAAUACAUAGAUGGGAAAAACACACGAGAGGACAUGAUUGCCAAUCUGAAUCUCUACCAGCAACCCAGCUGGAUUUUCUGUAACGGCCGGUCAGACCUUAACAGUGAAAAAUAUAAACCCUUGGAUCCAAUUUCCUGGCAGAGAGAAAGAGCUUCCGAAGUCAGGAAACUGAUCUCCUUUCUUACACAUGAAGAGAUCAUGCCAAGAGGGAAGGUUUUGGUAGUAUUUUUACUACUUUCUCCUGUGGAUGACCCAAGGGAUCCCCUCAUUGAAACUUUCUGUGCAUUCUACCAAGAUCUCAAAGGGAUGGAAAAUAUACUAUGUAUGUGUGUGCAUCCAAAAAUAUGUCAAGGAUGGAAAGAUCUACUUGAAGUAAGAUUAACAAAGCAGCAAGAUGAACUUUCGAACCAGUGUAUCUCCACUUUGAGUCUUCAAGAAAUAAAUGGCACAAUUCUGAAACUGAAAUCUGUGACUCAGUCCUCAAAUAGACUUCUGCCCUCUAGCGGUUCAUCUACUGUGCUCCUGAAGAAGGAAGAAGACACCAUGACUUCUCUGGAUAUUCUUUGUGUAAACGAAUGUGAAGGCACCCUUUUAGAGCAGGACAAGGACAAAAAGAAAUUCCAGGAAUUCAGGGCAUCAAAAGAGAAAGCUUUCUAUCGAGGCGGCAAAGUUUCAUGGUGGAAUUUCUAUUUUUCUUCCAAAAACUAUUCUUCAGCAUUUGUCAAAAGGGAUAAAUAUGAAAAACUUGAAAGAAUGAUUCAAGACUGGGCAGAUUCUUCCAGGCCGGUAAGUGUCAAAAUUAUCCACCUGUAUCACCAUCCCGGCUGUGGGGGCACCACCUUGGCGAUGAAUGUUCUCUGGGAACUAAGGGAGAAAUUCAGAUGUGCUGUAUUGAAAAAUAAGACAUUGGAUUUUUCUGAAAUUGGAAAACAGGUGACCAACUUAAUAACAUAUGGCAAAACUAACAAUCAGGAGUACUUGCCUGUACUACUGCUUGUUGACGACUUUGAGGAACAGGACAACGUCUUCCUGCUGCAGUCCUCCAUUCAGUCAGCUGUGGCUGACAAGCACAUUCGAUAUGAAAAACCACUUGUGAUCAUCCUAAACUGCAUGAGAUCACAAAACCCUGAAAAAAGUGCCAAGUUCCCAGACAGCAUUGCCCUCAUGCACCAACUGUCUCCCAAAGAACAGAGAGCUUUUGAGUUUAAAUUGGAAAACAUAAAAACCGAAUACGAGAACUUUGAAGAUUUUUACUCUUUCAUGAUCAUGAAAGAAAAUUUUAAGAAAGAAUACAUUGAAAAUGUGGUGAGGAAUAUCUUGAAAGGGCAGGACCCUUCCACCAAGGAGGCCAAGCUCUUCUCUUUUCUGGCUCUUCUGAAUUCCUACGUGCCUGAUACCACCAUUUCACUGUCACAGUGUGAAAACUUCUUGGGAAUAGCAAAUAAGAAAGCUUUCUGGGGAACAGAGAAACUGGAAGAAAAGAUGGGCACAUAUUCAACAAUUCUCAUCAGGACCGAGGUGAUCGAAUGUGGGGUCUACUGUGGGGUGCGUGUCAUUCACCCUCUGAUUGCCAGCCUCUCCCUGGAAGAACUGAAGAACAGCUAUCGCUUGGGGAAGAGUCAGAUGAUGCUGGAUAUGCUAACAGAAAAUUUGUUUUAUGAAACUGGGAUUGGGAAAAAUAAAUUUUUGCAAGAUGUGCAGACAUUGUUGCUUAUAAGACAACGGAAUGAGCAUGAAGAUGACACAGGAAAUCAGUUCUCUCCGUUCAUUGAAGCCUUACAUAAAGAAGAAGGCAAUCAAGCAGUUCAAAAGGUGUUAGAAAUAAGUAUCCAGCGGUUCAACAAAAAUGCGUUCAUUUGCCAGGCCUUAGCUAGACAUUUCUACAUCAAAGAGAAGGACUUCGGCAACGCUCUGCAUUGGGCACAAGAAGCAAAAACUAUUGAACCCUUCAAUUCUUAUAUCUCAGACACAGUGGGUCAGGUUUACAAAAAUAAACUAAGAUGGUGUAUAGAGGAUAAGGCAAAAGGCAAGCACAUAUCCGCUGAGGAGCUAACGGAACUUUUGCGUUUAGCAGUACAUGCCUCGGACGCGUUCAAGGAAUCCCAACGGCAAAGUGAAGACAAACAGAACGAGGGGCAAGAACGGUGGUGCCAGACGUCCAAGAGGAGGUAUGACACUUACAACAUAGCUGGUUACCAGGGAGAGAUAGAAGUUGGAUUCCUCACAAUCCAGAUUCUCCAGCUCAUUCCUUUUUUUGACAAAACAAAUGAACUAUCUAGAAAAGAUAUGGUCAAUUUUGUCUCAGGAAAUGCUGAUAUCCCAGGGGACUCAGACAAUAAAUUUAAAGCCACUCUCAAGAACUUCAUUCCUUAUCUGACCAACUUGCAAUCUUCUUUGAAAAAGUCCUUUGAUUUUUUUGACGACUACUUUGUCCUUCUAAAACCGAGGAACAACAUUAAGCAAAAUGAAGAGGCUAGAACUCGGAGAAAAGUGGCUAUGUAUUUUAAAAAGUAUAUAGAUAUAUUUGGUCCCUCAGUGGAGAACUCAAACAAAGGUCUCGGAUCAAAGCUUAGUUUGCCACUUCAAGUAGAGGAGUACAGAAGAGGCCUGGCAGCUUUAAAAGCAGACAAAUUCUCUGGGCUCCUGGAAUAUCUUGUCAAAAGUCAAGAAGAUGCAGUAAGCACCAUGGAACAUAUAGUGACUCAAUAUACUUUUCUCUUUGAUAAAAGUAAUGAGAAAAUCCAACCAAAGGAAAAGCAGAAUUUCAUCUUGGCCAACAUCAUUCUCUCGUGCAUUAAACCUAACUCCAGGUUUGUGAAGCCAAUUAAAAAACUGAAAGAUCAGAUUCGAGAAAUUUUGCAACAAGUAGGACUGACUUGCAGGUUUUCAGAACCCUAUUUCCUGGCCUUUCUUUUAUUCUGGCCAGAAAACCAACAACUAGAUCAAGAUUCUAAACAAAUGGAAAAGUACGCUCAGUCGUUGGAGAACUCCUUCAGGGGGCAAUACAAACAUAUGUUUCGUACCAAGCAACCCAUUGCAUAUUUCUUCCUUGGAAAAGGUAACAAUACGAACAGACUUGUUCACAAAGGAAAAAUUGAUCAAUGCUGUGAAAAGACACCUGAUAUCAAUUCCUGGUGGCAAAGUGGAGAUGUAUGGAAAAACAGAAAUGUCCAGGAGCUUCUACUUCGUUUACAAGGUCGAGCUGAAAAUAACUGUUUAUAUAUAGAAUAUGGAGUCAAUGAAAAAAUCACAUUAUCCAUUACACCUGCUUUCUGGGGUCAACUCCGGAGUGGCAGAAGCAUAGAAAAGGUGUCUUUUUAUCUGGGGUUUUCCAUUGGAGGCCCACUUGCUUAUGAUAUUGAAAUUAUUUAAGAGCCUAAUCUUCUUUCCCCAGGAAUGAUGUCUAGUCUCAGUCCUGCCAGUUUUGUGGG